GAGUCACGAAUUGACCGGGCGGCGCUGAUCCGCAGAGACGCAACCAGGUUCUCCCCAGCGGACCGGCUCCCGACAGUAGGUGUGGGGCACCCGCUGACAAUGCCACGCUCCUUCCUGGUGAAGAGCAAGAAGGCUCACACCUACCACCAGCCCCGUGCCCGGGAGGAUGAGCUGCUCUGGCCACCGGCCCUUGGCCCUGUGGCCAGAGACCAGGUCCCGAGCACCAUCCCUGUCCUUAGCUCCCUGUUCCCAAACCAGCACCUGGACUGGACGGACCUCAAACAGGAGCCGCAGCUGGAGCUGGAGCAGAGCUCGAUGACCCGGAUGUCCUCGGGCCCAGAAGGACCUGCUGUGACGUCCCGACCCCAGGAUGGGGACUCGCCCUCCUCUGACUCACCCCCGUUCUACAAGCCCAGCUUCUCCUGGGACGCCCUGGCCUCCUCCUAUGGCCACAACUACCGGCAGGCCCCCUCCACCAUGCAGUCCGCCUUCCUGGAGCGCUCCGUCAGCCUGUAUGGCAGCCCUCUGGUGCCCAGCGCCGAGCCACCCUUGGACUUCAGCCUCCACUAUUCCCCGGGCAUGGACGCGUACCACUGCAUCAAAUGCAGCAAGGUGUUCUCCACCCCCCAUGGGCUGGAGGUGCACGCCCGCCGCUCGCACAGCGGGACCCGGCCCUUCGCCUGCGACGUCUGCGGGAAAACCUUCGGCCACUCCGUGAGCCUGGAGCAGCACACGCACGUCCACUCCCAGGAGCGAAGCUUCGAGUGCCGGAUGUGCGGCAAGGCCUUCAAGCGCUCGUCCACCCUGUCCACGCACCUGCUCAUCCACUCGGACACGCGGCCCUACCCCUGCCAGUUCUGCGGCAAGCGCUUCCACCAGAAGUCCGACAUGAAAAAGCACACCUACAUCCACACCGGUGAGAAGCCACACAAGUGCCAGGUGUGUGGGAAGGCCUUCAGCCAGAGCUCCAACCUCAUCACCCACAGCCGGAAGCACACGGGCUUCAAGCCUUUCAGCUGUGAGCUGUGCGCCAAGGGCUUCCAGCGCAAAGUGGACCUGCGGCGGCACCGUGAGAGCCAGCACAACCUCAAGUGAGGCUGCCCUGAGUCCGGCUCCCCGCCGGCCCCAAGACCGUGUCACCUGGAGAGAGGCCAGUCUCACACACCCAGAUCCCCAGUCUCGUGGAGGCAGCCCUGGACAGUCUCAUCCAACCUGUUCUGAGACUCAAAUUGCUGUGUGGCCUCGAGCCAGUCACCUUCCCUCUCUGGGCCAACAUUUCCGCCGC